UACUAGAUAGAGCGUGACUUCCGGCGCGAAGAACGCAGUCGUCGUGCUUGUCGGUCCCAAUGGCGGCCCAGUUGCUGCACACGCGGUUUCCCGGAGAUGUAGCAGCCUCUUCAACCUCCGCGAUCAAGACAUUGAGUGCAUCGAGGCCUGGGAUUUCAGAUAUGCUUGCGGUAGAGAAUGAUUUCUUCAGUUCUCCCCCAAGAAAAACUGUUCGGUUUGGUGGGACUGUGACAGAAGUCUUGCUGAAAUACAAAAAGGGUGAAACAAGUGACUUUGACUUGUUGAAGAACCAGCUGUCAGAUCCAGACAUAAAGGAUGACCAAGUUAUCAACUGGUUAUUAGAAUUCCGUUCGUCUAUCAUGUACUUGACCAAAGACUUUGAGCAGCUUAUCAAUAUUCUCUUGAAAUUACGGUGGUUGAAUAGAAGUUCUACAGUGGUGGAGGAGUAUUUGGCUUUUCUUGGUAAUCUUGUAUCUGCACAGACUGUCUUCCUUAGGCCAUGUCUCAGCAUGAUUACUUCUCAUUUUGUGCCUCCUCGAGUAAUCAUUAAGGAAGGUGAUGUAGAUGUUUCAGAUUCUGAUGAUGAAGAUGAUAGUCUUUCUGCAAACUUUGAUACAUGUCACAGAGCCUUACAAAUAAUAGCAAAAUAUGUUCCAUCGACACCAUGGUUUCUUAUGCCGAUACUGGUUGAAAAAUUUCCAUUUGUUCGAAAAUCAGAGAGAACUUUGGAAUGCUAUGUUCAUAAUUUACUAAGAAUUAGCGUAUAUUUUCCAACUUUGAGACAUGAAAUUCUGGAGCUUGUUAUUGAAAAACUACUCAAAUUGGAUGUGAAUGCAUCCCGGCAGGAUAUUGAAGAUGCUGAGGAUGCAGCUGCUCAAACUGGCCAUGUGACAGAUGCCCCCGAAGGACUGUUUAAUAUGGACGAAGAUGAAGAAACUGAACAUGAAACACAGGCUGAUCCUGAAAGGCUUGAUCAGAUGGUCCAUCCUGUUGCUGAACGUUUGGACAUCCUGCUGUCCUUGCUUUUGUCUUACAUCAAGGACAUCUGCUAUGUAGAUGGUAAGAUUGAUGUCAACAAAACAAAGGACUUAUAUCGAGACCUCGUAACUAUUUUUGACAAACUCCUCUUGCCCACCCAUGCUUCCUGCCAUGUACAGUUUUUCAUGUUUUAUCUCUGUAGCUUUAAACUGGGAUUUGCAGAAGCAUUUUUGGAACAUCUCUGGAAAAAAUUGCAGGAUCCAAAUAAUCCUGCCAUCAUCAGGCAAGCUGCUGGAAAUUAUAUUGGAAGCUUUUUAGCAAGAGCUAAAUUUAUUCCUCUUAUCACUGUGAAAUCAUGCUUAGAUCUUUUGGUUAACUGGCUGCACAUCUACCUUAAUAACCAGGAUUCAGGAACGAAGUUGUUUUGUGAUGUUGCUCUCCAUGGGCCAUUUUACGCAGCCUGCCAAGCUGUGUUCUACACUUUUGUUUUUAGACACAAACAACUUUUAAGUGGAAACCUGAAGGAAGGUCUGAGGUACCUGCAGAGUCUAAAUUUUGAGCGCAUAGUAAUGAGUCAGCUCAAUCCUUUGAAGAUUUGCUUGCCCUCUGUUGUGAACUUUUUUGCCGCCAUUACAAACAAAUACCAGCUUGUCUUUUGCUACACAAUCAUUGAGAGGAACAAUCGUCAGAUGCUACCUGUUAUUAGAAAUACAGCUGGAGGAGACUCGGUGCAAACCUGCACAAAUCCACUUGAUACCUUUUUCCCUUUUGAUCCUUGUGUGCUUAAGAGGUCAAAGAAAUUCAUAGAUCCUCUUUAUCAGAUAUGGGAAGACAUGAGUACAGAAGAGCUCCAGGAGCUUAAGAAACCCAUUAAAAAGGAGAUGGUGGAAGAUGAAGAUGAUGACUUUCUGAGAGGUGAAGUGGGGAUCACACCUAGCUCUUUUGACACACAUUUCAGAAGCCCUUCAAGCAGUGUGGGCUCCCCACCUGCAUUAUUCCUGCCGGGUCAGUCCCCUUUGAUUGCAAGGAUUUGUGAUUGAGAAGUCGUGUUCCUGCCAUCAUGCCCUGUGCCCUUAAUAGUGGGUUCAUCUGCCGGAUCGUGCUGAACUAGAGUGAGAACAUGCCUCAGGCAUCUUUGAAGUUACACUUCCUCUAGUGUCUGAACAGCAACUUUUCCUUUUUGCUUUUGAAUAGGCAAAAGGAAAAGACUAUCAUGUGCAAUAUUUUACAGAGGACAAGUGUGGGAGAUUUAGUUGUUUUUUCUUCUCCUUUUUAAGGCAUACAAUUUCUUUAAAAGAUUUUAUUAACACAAGAAAGAGAACCAGAUGAGAUGCCUGGGAUUGAACUCAGGGCCUUGUGUUUCCUAGUCCUGCGCCCUACUUACUGUGCCACUUCCUAGACCCCUGGGGCAUACUUAUUAUUUUAAGUUAUAGUCCUAUUUUUAGGAUAUAUAUAUAUAUAUAUAUAGCGUAUUUUAACAGAUUCCACUUCUGGCAUAGGUUUUUGUCAGAGAACUUUGUAGAUCUUAUUGUUUUUCAGUAAAAAGUCCUGUAGGACACUAAAUGCCUAAGUUAGAAUGUGUUUAUUUGGGACUCAUCAUUUCUGCUUUGCUAUAACUGUGUUGGUGUGUCAGGCUUUCAGUGGGUGUGGAGAGGGUAGGAGGACAGUGGGAGAGAUGUCCAGGACUGGUCCAGGAUGCUCAGAAUUGGAGCCAGCACUGCAGGGGCUCUCCAGGGACUUCAGAGACAGUCAAAGCCUAGAGUAAAGAGGAGAGAAUUAGAGGAAACAAACUACUACACUUCUGAGUGUGAAAAUAGACUUCAGAGAAAGCUGGAGCUCCAGGUGAGAGUGAUUCACUGACAAAGUGAGGUUGAGCUUUUAGGAAAUAGUACAUUGGUGUUUGUGCUGUUAGAACUGUCACUGCUCUUUUGCAGUGGAAAGGCAUGUUCAUUUCUGUUUUAGCUAGAAUCAGUUAUUUUGAGAGUCUUUAUUUUUAAUUAUUUAUUUUUUAGUGUGCACAGGAAAGGAGACGAGACUUUAGGUUUCUUUGCUAGCAGCAAUGGACUGAGAUUACAGCUACAGUAUUUUCUGUUGUGCUUUAUCAUGGAUCCAGGUCAUUGAAAUCCUCUUCUGGACAGGCACUUUUUAUAAGUAAACAUAGGAAUCUAAACAGUCUUGGUGUGUAACCAAUCUGUGCAGGCGCUGCCGAGUCAUUUAAAGUUCGUACCUGUUUUAGCUUCAGUCCUUAGUUUACCUUUUCUGUUACUUGUGAAAAUGAGCAUCUUCAUAUAUUGUUGUUGUUGUUGUUGCUUUUCCUGUUCUUAAUUUGAAAGCAAGCAAUAUUUUCUUGAUCACAAAUAUUUUGUAAUGAAAUACUCUCCAGGGCUUUGUAUGCUCUUGUUUAACUAUACUAAUGGCAUUGUAGAGCCUGAAUUUCAGUCUAUAAAUAGGUGGGGAUACUUUUUUUUCCCUCAAAGAUAGAAAUUCUUAUACAUUGAAAAAUUUUGGAUGUUGGUAAUUUUCUUUUGGUGACUUAGUGGAAAGUCAUUUGAGAAUCUGAAGAUUCUUUUAUUCUUUAGCAAAAGAAAAAAAAGGUCAACUUUUUUUUUCUAUUUGAUAAAAUGAGUAAAUACAUCCAAGAAGUUAAAGUGGAGUCUUUGUGGGUUUAAAGGUAAUAUGGGAGAAUAUAUUUGUGGAUAAGCCUGUUCAAUUUCAAAGUACUUCAAGGGGAAAAAAAAUUCCCAUUGUGAAAAAGAAACAAUGAUAUGGUUAAUGUGGACCUUUUGUUCUUAGACCAAUAAGGGAGGUGACCCAAUAAAGAAAUUUCUCAGACAAGUA